AUGAAUUAUUCGACGCCUCUCCUGAUUGCCCCGGCCGAGACGGUGCAGAGCUUUGCAUCGAAUCCGUUUCUUUUUCUCCCUCUUCGGCAGAAGACUGGCUCGACUGGGCAGUUCUGCCUCGCUCUGGCCUCUCAGUGUCCCAUUUUGCGGAAGUCGGCAAUUGGAGUGACGUCACCCGGCUAUGACAGACUCGUGACAUCUUCGUUCGGUUUCUUCACCGCGAAGGGGCGAUGCGACGUCGAUCAGGGUCCAGGCGUGGCGCUCGCCGAUCCGGUACCGAAGCAACCGCCAGACUCGGCCCGAGAUCUUGUCUCACUCCUUCGUCUCCCGAUUGCCGACUUCGCUGACAUGGCCGACAUCCAAUCCUACCUCGGACGCCACAACGGCAGGGACCUCGCAGUUCACGGUCACAUUUUGUUUCUUUUUGUCUUUUGCUUUGGUCUCACAACAUGA